GAUGCCUGCCUGCUGCACCAUGAGGGCUAAAGCCUCAGACAUGCACAGCAAGGACUGUGUCAAAGUGGCCGUCAGAGUCCGACCAUUCAACAAGAGGGAGAGGGAUGCAGGCAGCCGCUGUGUCGUCUCCAUGGUGUCGAGCUCCAUCACCAUCCAGGACCCUCGUGACUCCCAGAACCGACGGUCAUUCUGCUUUGAUUAUGCCUAUUGGUCCCACAGCGGCUUCACGAGAGACAACAGUGGCCUCUGGGUGCCUGAAGAGCCUGGAGGACGAUACGCUGACCAGGACAGUGUGUUCCAGGACCUGGGAGAAGGAAUACUGGAGAAUGCACUGCAGGGUUACAAUGCCACCUUGCUGGCCUAUGGGCAGACUGGCUCAGGGAAGAGUUACUCGAUGGUGGGCUACGGGCCUAACAAAGGUCUGGUUCCUAAACUGUGUGACCGACUGUUUCAGGCCAUCAGAGAAAACCAGGAAAACAGACAGUGUCAGGUCUUUUUCAGCAUGUUGGAAAUCUACAAUGAGCAGGUGGUUGAUCUGCUGUCUCGGGGGUCUCGUACUCCGGGUGGACUCAGAGUCAGAGAGGAGCAGCAGCGGGGUUUCUAUGUGGAGGGUCUUCGUACAGUCCCCUGUGAGAGUGCACCUCAGGUGGAGCAGUUGAUGGAGCAGGGGACCAGGACCAGAACCACUGCUGCCACUCACAUGAAUGCCAACAGCAGUCGCUCACACAUGCUCAUUAUCCUCCAGCUCAAACAGGUUGGUGGUUCUAGCAUCACGAAGCAGUCCAACAUUAACCUGGUGGACUUGGCCGGCAGUGAGCGUCAGCGGUCGUCAGGCUCAGAAGCUGACAGACUGAAAGAGGGUACAGCCAUCAACCUGAGCCUCACCACCCUGGGCAACGUCAUCAGUGCUCUGGCUGAUGUGGCCGUUGGGAAGAAGGUCGUUCAUAUUCCUUAUAGAGACUCGGUUCUCACCAAGCUGCUGCAGUCUGCACUGGGAGGCAACAGUCGCACUGUUAUGAUUGCCACGCUGAGUCCUGCUGAUAUCUGCUAUGAGGAGUCUCUGUCGACGCUGCGCUAUGCUGAGAGGGCGAAGCGUAUCCAGAACCGGGCCGUGGUGAAUGAGAGCCCCACUGAGCGUCUGGUUAAAGAGCUGAAGGCGGAGAACGCCAGACUGCUGCAGCGACUGAGCCGACUGGGCCAAGAGGGACGCAGAGCCAACGAUGAAACCAAGGAGCUCCGUCAGCUGCUGGCCCACAAUGAGCUCCAGAUCAGGGCAAUUCAAACUCUGUGGGAACAACACCUGCAGGAGGCGCUGAAAGACUGGGAGCAACAGUACGCUAACAUCACACAGGUACUCACACACAUAAACAGUCACGAUACACAAACUGAAGAGCAUAAAAUCUAA